AUGUCUGAGGUCCAGGGAACAGUUGAGUUUUCUGUGGAGCUACACAAAUUCCAUAACGUGGACCUCUUCCAGAGAGGGUAUUACCAGAUAAGAGCUGGACUGAAGAUUCCAUCCAGGAUUCCCCACAGGCUGUUUGCUACAAUUGCAGGACAAACAGAUGAUUCCAGCCUUUGCUCAGCCUGUGUUCAUGAAAACAACGUUUACAGCAGAAUAUUUCAGAUUUUGUACAGAAAUGAAGAGAUCGUUCUUAAUGAAUCAAUGAACUUCAGAGUACACCUGCUUCUGGAUGGUGAAAGGGUUGAAGAUGCAUUGAGUGAGGCAGAUUUUCAGCUCAAGCUGGACCUGCACUUCACUGAUAGUGAACAACAGCUGAGAGAUGUUCCAGCGAUUCCCAUGAUCAGCAGCCGUACACUGUGUCUUCACUUCCACCCUCGGCGAGGUCUGCACCACCAUGUUCCUGUCAUGUUUGACUAUUUCCACCUGUCAGUGAUAUCUGUCACGGUGCAUGCAUCACUGGUAGCAUUACACCAGCCUCUGAUCAGUUUUGCUCGUCCAGGAAAAGGGUCGUGGCUUGGUAAAGGCAACCUGGAGACAGGAGCAGACCAGUCCAGUAUGUCAUUAGAAAAUCUAGUUUUUGGAGCUGGCUACUGCAAACCCACUUCAUCAGAGGGCAGCUUUUAUGUCCCCUCUGAAAACUGCAUGCAGCACGCAUACAGAUGGCAUAAGGACCUGUGUCUUCUGCUCUUGAAUGCUCAAAGAGGACUCCACAUGUACUACACUCUCAUAAUGAAGGAGAUUCCUGAUUUACCACAGCUGAAGUUGGAGGAGCUGUCUGUGGAAGAGACAUCUUCUCAGCUUUGUACGGAGCUGCAGCUGCUGAGCAAUCCUGAGAAGAUAGCAGAACAGAUAAGCAAGGACCUUGCCUGGCUUUGUUCCCACCUCUUGGCCCUGUGGACACAGUUCCUGGAGGUGACAACGCUCCAUCCAGAAGUCACAGCUUAUCUGACGCAGGAACAUCACACGCUAAGGGUGAGAAGAUUCUCAGAAGCCUUCUUCUACACUGAGCACCAGAAACUGGAUGCACUCACAUUCCAGGAAGGCCUGAUCCAAAAUCAUGGGCAGAUUUCUACAGAAAUUCGUAGUUCAGAGUACUUCACCAGCAUGCCUCCGCUUCCAGCAGAAUGCCUUGACAUAGAUGGGGACUGCAACACUCUCCCAGUUAUCUUUGAAGAUAGGUACAUAGAUAUGCCUUGCAAAGAUCAGAAUUUGGAAGUUUUCCCAGAUUUUGAGGUUCCUGCAAAUACUCAAAUAGAUAUGAGAGACGACAAUGAAGAUAUUGCAUCAAAUGAUGCCAUGGCAGUAAUGAAAGGAGACUGUGGGAAAGGUACUCUGCUAAUACACACAGACAGGAUAAAUAGGAAUCCUUCCUGCAUUUACAGUGGUAAUGAAGGUGCUGCUUAUACAGAUAAGAGUUUAAACCAGAAUUCCAUCUCUCAGGUAUGUACAGAGAACAAAGAAGGCCAAAGGAAAUCUGAAAAUAUUUUUGUUUCAAGCAAGGAAACUACUUCAGACUCAGAGCCACGCAAAACAGAACACACAUCAGAAGACUUUAAGGCAUCCAAGGAAUUUUUAUUAAAAGACAAUAGCCUUGUUGCAGAUGCUAUACAUGGAGAUAUGAAACCUAGCAAUAAGGAUUCAGACAGAAUUGAGCCUGUGUUAAUUGUCAGUGCUCAGCAUGAGUUUGGAGCAUGUGGAACUCACAGUUUGGAAGACAGGACUGAAAUGCAUAAAGUAGAUGAAUCUAGUCAUCUUGAGAAUAAUUUCACAUUGCGUGGUCUUGCACUGAAUGAGUUAACCAGUCUGGAAAAAACAGGAGAUACAGACACCAAGGCUCUCCUCCCUGUUUUGAAAGCAUUAACCACACACAGCUUACGAAGUGAGGAGUGUGAAGAAAUUACUCUGACGUCAGGGGUCAUAAAAAGAUCCUCCUCUCUAAUAUCUGAUUCAGGCAUUGAAAGUGAACCAAGUUCAGUGGCAUGGUCUGAUGCUCGUAGCCGGGCACUGGAGCUGCCCAGCGACAGAGAGAUCCUGCACCACUUGGUACGAAGGCACGCAAUCCACCGAAAUUCGCUGGAGGGUGGCCACACAGAAAGCAACACCAGCUUGCCUAGUGGAAUUCAAGCAUCACUCACAUCCAUCAGCUCUUUGCCCUUUGAGGAAGACGAGAGGGAAGUGGAGCUUACCAAACUGACGAAAUCUGUCUCAGCUCCACAGAUCAGUAGCCCCGAAGAGCCUGCAGAGGAGGUAGAUCUAUCCAAACACAGUGAAGUGACCUCAGGAGGUCCAGGAGGAAAAUUGGAAAUUUGCACAGAAGCAAAGGGAGGAGAUGGGAAAUUCAUUGUGGAUUUUUCUGAGUGUCAAAUUACAGCUGAAAGCAGAGAAUUAGACUCAAAAGGACGAGCCAAACCAUCCAUCAAACACAGUAGUAGUAACACUGAGUUAAAAGGGGAAGAGGAGAAGGAUGGUUUUUCGGAGGCUUUCUGUAGUAUGAAAAAUGCAAGACCAUCCAUUUGUCCAAAUCAGCUCAAAGAGACUGUUUCUGAAUGCCAGUCACUGGAGAACAAUGUUGAAUGCAGCUUAAAACCACCAAGGGCUUGUAAUUACUUAGACAAAAAUAUACAUAAGUUUGAUACAUGCCUUGAAGAUCCAAAGAAUAAACUUAAUCCAGAGACUUUAAUAUCACAAGGCUUUUAUUCCAACAGCAGAAAUUCAGAAGAGAGUUCCUCACAAAACAUAAAACAGGUACCAGAAUUCUGUUAUCCUGUUCCUGCUCCUUCAGAGACCUCAACUGAAUUUGGCUCAGUGCAAGGAGAGUGUGGUAGUUCUCUUGCUGAUGAGAGCCCAGCAGUGUAUGCAGAAAUGCAGGGGUUACAAGAAAUUGAGCUCAAUGACCCACCUGCUUUGCCAGACCCUGCUGCAGGAUCCUACCAGGCUGAAUAUCCUCAGGAACUCAAGAGCCAGGAGCAGGAAGUUGCAGCUAAUGGCACUGGGUUUUCUUUGGUAACGACAGAGGGAGUAGCCCUGGAAAGCAGAAAGGCUGUUGAUGUGGUUAACCUGUCUGUCUCUUGCACAGCCACUUGUCUUCCCUUUUCUUCUGUGCUAAAAGAGACCCCUGCUAUGGUUGGCUCCUCUGCAAAGCAGGCUUCAUUUCCCAUCACACGCCAGCCUCUGGGCUCUUUUGGAGUUGUGUCUUCUAGUUCAAACGAGAUGGAUGAAGAGACCAAUGAAAGGAUGUUGAAUUUUUAUCAGGCCAAAGAAAAAUUUAAAAAAGAAAUGAAGAUUGAAGGAUUUCUGUACAGUGACUUAUCUGUACUAGCUUCUGAUAUCCCAUAUUUUCCACCAGAGGAAGAGGAGGAAAAUUUGGAAGAUGGAAUUCACCUGGUUGUCUGUGUCCAUGGAUUGGAUGGUAACAGUGCAGAUCUGCGACUGGUGAAGACUUUUAUAGAACUGGGACUCCCUGGUGGAAAACUGGACUUCCUAAUGUCUGAAAGAAAUCAGACUGAUACUUUUGCUGAUUUUGAUACAAUGACUGACCGUUUAUUGGAUGAAAUUAUUCAGCAUAUCCAGUUGUACAACCUCUCCAUAUCCCGAAUAAGUUUUAUUGGACAUUCCCUUGGUAAUGUCAUCAUCAGAUCUGUACUAACUCGCCCCAGGUUUCGCUAUUACCUCAACAAAUUACACACCUUUCUGUCCCUCUCUGGGCCUCACCUGGGAACCCUUUACAACAACAGUACUUUGGUUAGUACAGGUCUAUGGCUCAUGCAGAAGCUGAAAAAGUCAGGGUCACUUUUGCAACUGACCUUCAGGGACAAUGCAGAUCUGCGCAAGUGUUUCCUUUAUCAGCUCAGCCAAAAAACGGGUCUUCAGUACUUUAAAAAUGUUGUGUUAGUGGCCUCACCUCAAGACAGAUAUGUACCUUUUCAUUCAGCAAGAAUAGAGAUGUGCAAAAAUGCACUUAAGGACAGACACACAGGUCCUGUUUAUGCGGAAAUGAUUAACAACUUGCUUCAGCCUUUGGUUGGGGCAAAGGACUGCACUUUGAUCAGGCACAACGUGUUCCAUGCUCUGCCUAACACCGCCAACACAUUGAUAGGUCGAGCUGCCCACAUUGCCGUGCUGGACUCUGAACUUUUCUUGGAGAAGUUUUUCCUCGUGGCAGGACUCAACUACUUCAAAUAG